CAGCAGGCUACUCGUGAGUGUUGAUGACUUUGUCUUCUUCCACGGGAUGGGGAGAGUAGGACUGCAGGAGAAAGAUAUGAUGAUCGAGUGAGGCAAGGAUACCGAUCGAUCAAGCUUGGUCGAAGAAGCCAAGCAUGCGCUAUUCCUGCGACAAGAGACACAUGCAGAGGGAGAGGGAGCGAGGCAGAGAGAGUGUGAGUGUCGAGAGAGGCGAGGGGAGGGUCCCUUUGCAGAGCAUCCCAUCAAUCAAUCACCUGGUGAUGGUAUGCAGGGCGCAGUCAUUGGUCCCCCGCAAAAGCUACGAGUCUACGACGCCCAUCAUUUGCCAUCUUCCCAUCCACCUCCCAUCGUCAUCCUCCUUUCCCCGUCAUUUCGUCUCCAGGUCCCGCGGUUCUAGGCCCCUUCCAAUCUUCGACGAGCCUUGUUCCCGCUGACCAGGUGCAGCUUCCGGAGGGCCAGGCCAAGACUCCCCGUUGUGACUCUCCCUCAGCCAGCCUGGAUCGUUUAUUCGUUGCUGACGACUCGAUAGACGAUGGGCGCGGAUGCUGGACCAUGCCAAUCCGCCAGCCAGACAGGCUGACCGCCGAGAUGCCAUGGCGACCCAAGACUACUUAGACCCAGCCACCCCUCCUCUCUCGACGGUGCUUUUGUCUCGAUAUCCCCCAGUAUCAUCACACUCGUCGACUUGCACAGAAUCAUCCAGCAUGGCAUCUAAAGACCACAACGUUGAGGAGCGCCAGGUCGACCAGGCCGUCCGUCAGUCGCUUCAAGAUGAGGUCAUGAACGAGAAGGCUGCCGCCAUGCACACGGAGAACUUUCAUGAAGCUGCUGAAAGAGGCCAUGCUGCCACCGACAAGUAUGGACACUCCCUUGUUACAUUCGACCCUAAGGCCGAGGCACGACUGCGCUGGAAGAUUGAUCUCUACAUUGUGCCCACGGUCUCUUUGCUCUAUCUCUUUUGCUUCAUUGAUCGCGCCAACAUCGGUAACGCCAAACUCGCCGGCCUCGAGAAAGACCUUAAUCUCAAGGGUAAUGAUUACAACAUUGUUCUCUCCACCUUCUACAUCAGCUACAUCCUCUUUGAGCUGCCGGCGAACAUGGCGUGCAAGUACUUUGGCCCGGGCUGGUUCCUCCCCGCGACCUCGCUUGCGUUUGGAAUCUUCUCCAUCUGUACAGCCUUCGUGCACCACAUAUCGUCGGCUUGUGGCGUACGGUUCCUUCUUGGUGUAGCUGAGGCCGGCAUGCUUCCAGGUAUCGCCUAUUAUAUGUCUCGAUGGUACCGUCGGAGUGAGUUGGCGUUUCGACUAUCGCUGUACAUUGUCAUGGCUCCUCUCGCCGGGGCUUUCGGAGGUCUCUUAGCUUCGGCCAUUCUCAAGCUGAGCCACUUUGGCGGUCUCCAUGAGUGGCGGAUGAUCUUUGCCAUCGAAGGCAUCAUCACCUGUGGCCUUUCGCUUAUCGCCUUCUUCACCCUGACCGACCGUCCUCAGACCGCAAGAUGGCUGAGUCAAGAAGAGAAAGACCUUGCGAUUGCCAGAGUCAAGUCGGAGCGCGUUGGCACGACCGAAGUUCUCGACAAGUUGGACGUGCCCAAGAUUCUCCGGGGUAUCACGAGCCCGGUCACCCUUGCGACGUCAUUCAUCUUCCUUCUCGACAACAUCACCGUCCAAGGCUUGGCCUUCUUCCUUCCGACCAUUGUCAAGACGAUCUACCCCAAGAACUCGGUCAUAUCUCAGCAACUGCAUACCGUCCCGCCAUAUGUCGUGGGGGCUUUCUUCGUCCUUCUAUUCCCGCUACUCUCGUGGCGUUUCGAUCGUCGCAAUAUCUUUCUUAUUCUUUCCGCGCCGUUGAUGAUGUGCGGAUAUAUCAUGUUCUUGGCCAGCACCAAUUCGCACGUCCGUUACGGAGCAACCUUUCUUAUCGCAGCCGGGGCAUUCCCGUACGGUGCCCUGUGCAAUGCCCAAGUUUCCGCAAACGUCGUUUCAGACACCGCCCGCUCAGCGGCUAUCGGCACGAACGUCAUGUUCGGAAACGUUGGCGGCUUGAUUUCGACUUGGUCUUUCCUGCCCUUUGACGCGCCCAACUACCAUAUCGGCAACGGAUUGAAUUUGGCUACCUCGUCGACGAUCUUGAUUCUUUCCAUUCUCUUGCUGUUUUGGAUGUGGGCGGAUAACAAGCGCCGGGAGAAGAAGGAUGUUGAUACCGAACUGGACGGCUUGUCAUUGAAGCAGGUACAGGACCUUGAUUGGAAGCAUCCUGCCUUCAGGUGGAGGCCAUAAUUCAGACCGGACUUGUGCAAGAGGCUGUGAAACGGAUGGCGCCGAGGCUGUGCGGGCAGGAAAAGGGUUGACGGUUACAUGCCGAUUCUGCUAGCAAGAAAGCGAGAGGGCCUUUUGGUCUGGUAGUUUAGGCAUACAUGGUUUAAGAGACACACUUCCCCCUGACCCGGAG